AACAUGGAAAGGAAAAAGCCUGAUCACCAGCAUCAUGAAGCUCAAGGGCUAAUUCACAGUUUCUUGAAGUUUCAUUUCUACCAACUUUCCUCCCACUUUCUUCUCUUGGCCUUCGGCAUCACGAUCGGUCUCAUUGCCGGCUUCCAUGCCUCCGGCAACCUGACCUUCAUACUCAAUCCAGAGGCCAUGAACUUGAGAUUACAGGAGCAGAAAGGCGCCAGCGCGAGCGCUGCAUAUCAUAACAUGACAGAUGAAGAAUUGCUGUGGAAGGCUUCCAUGAUCCCCAACAUUGAGAAAUACCCCAACAAAAGAGUCCCCAAAAUCGCCUUCCUCUUCAUGGUAAGAGGACCCCUUCCCUUCGCGCCCUUGUGGGAGAAGUUCUUCAAGGGAUAUGAUGGCAACUUCUCAAUCUACGUGCAUCCUCACCCCACUUACAAUGAAUCGGUCCCCGAACAGUCAGUCUUUUAUGGGAGACGCAUACCAAGCAAGGAUGUGAGGUGGGGAGCGAUCAGCGUGGUACAUGCAGAGCGGCGCCUCCUCGCGAAUGCACUGCUCGAUUUCUCGAACGAAUGGUUCGUGAUUCUGUCAGAAGCUUGCGUCCCUCUGGUCCCCUUCAGCACAGUAUAUGACUACCUCAUGAAAUCCAACUUGUCGUUCCUAGAUAUAGAAGAACCGAGUGCCAAUUCGAGGAUAAGGUACAAGGAUCACAUGGUGCCGCACAUCAAAAUCGAUCAAUGGCGAAAAGGGUCCUUGUGGUUUCAGGUGAACAGGAAAACAGCGGUGGGGAUGAUCUCAGACCAGACCUACCUUCCUCUGUUUGGAAGCAUCUGCUGUUCUGAUGAGCACUACUUUCAAACGCUUGUAUACAUGAAAUUCGGGGCUUGGUGUGCAAACAGGAGCUUGACAUAUGUGGAUUGGCACGGCCCUGUUUACCCAAAUAGAUUUGGCAAGUCAAAUCUCACACUGGAGUUGUUGGGGAAAAUGAGGGGAGGAAAUGGGUGCAAGUACAAUGGGAAGGAGACUACUCUCUGCAACUUAUUUGCUAGGAAGUUUGUUCCUGAUGCGUUAGAUGUGUUGCUCAAAUGGGGGCGUGACGCUGUAGGAUUUUAAGAGAGAGAGAGAGAAUCAUGUCAUAUUGUGUUGAUGUUCAGUGGGAUUGCAGCAAAUAUAUUUUGCUUGAAACGCAGCUUAGU